AUGGCCAAGGACGCGUAUGUCGCUCUCAGAGCGCCCCUCCCGCCGCCUUUAGAGUCUCUCGAACAUGCUCGUCCCCAUUUCACCACCCUCCUCACCUCUCCCUCAUCCUCCCAGAAUACUCGACUCUUACUCAAAGCCCUGGACGGGGUCCAAGAGGCCGUGCACGCUUUUCUAAAGCACAAAAAGUCGAGAAAGAAGAAAGAUGGGGAUGGGAGUGGGGAGGCGGAGCAGGUCAAGGUCGAUUGGCUGGAUACGGAAGGGGUACAGCUAUGGAACCUAGCGUCUCAAGUCGGGCGUACGACCCCAGUCAAUCCCACACUCAGCAAGGCAGAUAUCGCCAUCGUCGCCGCUUGCAAACUGACGGGAUACCGGAUUCUGGAGGCUGCUACAGAUACAAAAGGUCCCAUGGCAUUCGUCGUUCGCUUGCUCGGGCUUACAGCAAAGACUAUGAGCGCUCUUCUCGACGCCGGCAAGACAGCUGUAGCCAGCCAGCUAGCCGUCCAAGGUGCCGAAUUCGAACAGACGCUACUCUCAGCAACAGACCCGCAAGAUUCGGGAGAGAUCAAGCAGCAAGUAUCAUCUCUUGUCUGGUUCUAUUGCGCUCGAAUAGAUCUUCUUCUGAAGGAAGGGAAUGACACUUUCGCUUUCGACAUUUUUCUCAAAGCCAUCGCGUUGGACGAGAUGUGGUCAUUGACGCCCCAAGAAGCGACUGCCAAAUGCUGGACAGUCGGCAACACCAUGCUCCAAAACAAGACCAACUUGCCUUUAUCGAUCGAUUGGCUCAAGCAGGGAAUUAUGUUGGUGGAAAAGAUGGUGAAUCGGGGAUUGGUGGUGGAUCGUUUGGAAGAGCUUCAUCUGACAUAUUGUAUAGCUCGAGCGCAAAUGAUGCAAGCGGAAGAAACCCCACAAUCCCUUCAAGCUGCAACAGCAACCCUCAACGAACUCGCCCAGUUGGUCGGUGAAGAAGACCAAAUCACACUUCGCGAGAUGAGGGUGUUGCAGCUUCAUGUGUUGAAACGCAGCAAAGCGCCGGAGAAUGAAGUCAAGCUGGUGCUGGAGGAUCUAAUGAAGAUGCAAGAAUGGACGGAAGAGAAAGUCAUCGAAACGCUCUCCCAGCUCGCUUCUCUCAUGUCCGACUACCCGACACUCCCCUCAACAUCCGCCCAAACAUUCCUCCGCAAAGCCCUCUCCCACCCCGACGGCCACCCCCACGUCCAGCUCAUCAUCUACGAAGGCCUCCUCUUCGCCAAAAGCCUCUCCCCGCCAGCUUUGGGUAUACGCACUGCAGUGGCGAUGCUGGAUAUCGCUAGGAAGCAUGGGGAGUAUAGGAUGGAAGAUAAGGUUAAUGUUGUUGCUUGUCAGACUCUGCUUUGGAAUAUAGCAAACUUUAAUGGAAACAAGGAGAGAAUUACCGAAUCUGCGCACUGGUACCAGCUGGCAGGGCACGAUCUCUUCAGAGAACUCGGUGGAGAGAAUACAUCCAGAUGUCUCCGGAAAGCGGCGCUGUGUCAUAUCAAGACGGCCGAUUGGGGCGCAGCACAUGAUCUUAUAGCACGUUGUCCGACAGACGAAGCUUCGACUCAUUAUCUGACCUUUUUGGCUGCCAUACGACAAGGCGAGGUAGAUCGCCAGCAAGCGGCUAUCGACGCUGUAUCAUCUAUAGUAGAAUGCUCGGACUUUGAAGCUCAACAGCUGGUCCUCAUGACGCACCACUACAGGUCACUCGCCAACGAAAAAGGCGCCCAACCCGUCCUUCUCGCCUCCAUGCGCGCCCUCCUCUCCGUUCUGACCGAUUCCGAGAUGAGCUUUGAAGUGCAGAUCGAGACUAUUACGGUGAUCAGAUGUCUUGUGAGGAUGUCUGUCUUGGAGCUGGCCCAGGCGGAAGACAAAGAGCGCGUUGUCGACUCUAUACUGGAAUACUUGCAAACGGCGGUCGAGUUGCUUACGGAAGAUCCUUCUAUUGGACAGGGGCAGACAAAGGGGAUAGCGUGGCUGUACAAAUGCGCCUUCAACGUGGCCGUACAAGGUCUACACAGUCUCUCUUCCAAGUCUCUCGCGGACCUCUUCGACCGCUCUGCCCAGCUUAUGACGAUCUAUGAAGUGAUAGAGCCUAUGAGUACUGAUCCAGAUUUGCCGUUCGUUCGAGGGUCGGCGAUGUUUGCUUGUUUGUGCGGCAAGAUCUUUCUAUGCAAGGACUUACCGACCGGACCGGACAAAAUCCUGCUGCUGGACCAGCUUCUCGAAUACAUCCCGCAAUGCCGCAACGCCCUGCAAGGCGCCACCAACACCGCUCACCCGCGAUACUCGAGCGUCUCUGAUAUGCUGAGGAUCAUCGAUACGUCAGAAGUUGAGCUUCAGUGCGAGGCGAGAGAAUGGACGGCUAUUCCUGAAAUACUUGAACGGCUUAAGGACGCGUCCAAAGAUAGGGAAGUGGGGACAACCCAUAGGACGUUGGAGAUGAUUGCGAAUGUCUUGGUGAGCACAGUGACCUACCGACUACUCGAAAUCAUCCUAGACAUCUGUCCCACAAGAUACGCUGACGACAUCAAACGCUUCUCUCGCUGGAUGCGGGCCAUCUUGCGCAUCCUCCUUCAUCGCAGUGGAGCAGACGACGAGAGCGCAGCCUUCUCGUAUGUAUCGCGCGCGCUGGAUGUGCUCAAGACGCCACUCGGCAAGACUGCAUACCCACUGGACGAAGCGCAUUGGUUAGUUGCGACUGCAUGGAACCGGGGCUUGGAAUGGUUCAGUUCUUCUCGCGUGCAACAAGCCAAGCAAUGGUGCGAAGCGGCGAUGACUAUGAGCUCUUUUUCGCCAGACCUCAAAGUUGACCGGCAAAAGAUGCACGAGCAUUAUCAGCAUCUUCUCGACAAGAUGUCUAGCUAA